AUGAAUGAAGCUCUUAAUGAUCAAUAUUUAGCAAUAAAGGUUGUAUUAAUAUUUGGAAUAUGUGGCUGUAUGCGAUGUAAAGAACUAACGGAAAUGAAAGUUGAAGACAUAAAAGAUUUAAAUGAAAGAUAUUUAAACGAGACCGCAAUAGAUACUCAACCGCAACCAUCAACCAGUAAAGAAGGAACUAUCAACCCUCAAACAGUAACUACCAUCCCUCAACAAAAAAACCAAUAA